UGACGCUAAGGCAUCGAAAUGCAAAAUUAGAUUGCCGUGUAUUUUUUUUUUUUAAGAAUCAAACACUAACGAGAAUCGUUCUCCAAUGCGCAAUCAAGUCAAACUGAUAUUUUCGAGAGUCUGGAGGCAAUCGUUUGACUUAAAGUAACAUACGGGUUCCUAACGUAGAACCUGAACGUCAGCAAUUGAAUGCUAGUUAUCGUGAUCAGGGUAGAUAUUUUCUUAAUUUAUUGGGGCGUUUCUGGCGAACUGGAAUGAGACAACGGCAUAACAGCGAUGUAGACAAAAUACUCUGAAAAUAUUUCUUAAGACAUCGUCAUAAUCGUCAAUGUUUGCGCUUCGGAAGGUUGUGUGCUAGCGGUGCUAGCUAUAAUGUUAGCAAUGGUACGUUGCAGUUAAUGUUAACUAGAUUAAAUGGUGAAUGCUUAACAGUUAAAGGUUACAGCAGUUGAAUAUAAGGCCUGAAACCGUUAGUAGAAAAUUGCUUAUUUGUAAUAAUAUUUUAGAAAUACGUUGUAAUCAUCCGCCCUUAAUGCACAGUGUUAAUGUGCUAGCUAAGUUGUAUUGAAACUCAUUAAUGUUAGCUGUUACGCUAGUCGAACACAUUGGGGAGUUCGUAGCCAGAAAAGGUUCGCUAGCUACAUCAAUAUCUCAGACAUGGUUGUAGUACAACUCACAUUCCCUCUAUACAUCAAGUUAGUCGCAUUUAACAAUUGUGACGUUUCUGUGUAAUUUGCCAGCUCUGUUAUUGCAGUUAGUGUAGUUUUGCACCAUCCUACUACUUUGUGAGUUUUUGGUGCUGUUGAGCGGCGUAUACUGAGUCACGUUUGACUGGGAUUCAGAUAGCUAGUCGCUAUAAAUCCUACUGCCAGAGAUGUCAGAAAACCAGGGUAACGUGAACAAUAAUGUCCCGCUAAAUAACAAUGGCGGGGCAAACAGGAUACGAAACCCUAAUAUCAACCAGAACCCAUUGAUAAAUGUUCGAGACAGACUUUUUCACGCACUAUUCUUCAAGAUGGCAGUUACCUAUGCCAGAUUGUUUCCACCGUCUUUCAGAAGAAUUUUCGAGUUCUUUGUCCUAUUAAAGGCUCUGUUUGUGUUGUUCAUCCUGGCUUACAUCCACAUUGCCUUCUCCCGCUCUCCCAUCAACUGCCUGGAGCAUGUGCGGGAGAAGUGGCCACGCGAUGGCAUCCUACGUGUGGAGAUCCAGCGCAACUCUUCCCGUGCCCCCAUCUUCCUGCAGUUCUACGACACGGAUGGCUUUCAGGGCCUGGUCAAAGAGCCCGAGGGAGACGGAGUUGGGGGAGCAGGUUUGGGCCUGGCCGCGCUUCACCACGAAGAAGACGAGGAGGAGGAGGAGAUGACCCUGGAGAUGUUUGACAACAGCACUGUGCAGUUUGAGCUGGACAUUGAGCCCCGGCUAAAGCCCUCGCUGAGUGGUGUCGGCAUGGGUCAUGGAGGAGUGGGCCUCAACGACAGCCAGGACCUCUCCUUCAGCCAGGCGCCCACUAAAGGUAUGCAGCCGCUGAGGGAGACAGUGUCCGAGAUUGAGAUGCUAACACGAGCAGUGUGGCCUCAGGAGGAGUACAUAGUGGAGUACUCCCUGGAGUAUGGCUUCCUCCGUCUGUCCCAGACCACCCGGCAACGCCUCAACAUCCCUGUCAUGGUUGUCACUCUCGAUCCAAUGAAGGACCAGUGCUUUGGGGACGGCUUCAGCCGCUUCCUCCUGGAUGAGUUUCUGGGAUACGACGACAUCCUGAUGUCCAGUGUCAAGGCCCUUGCGGAGAACGAGGAGAAUAAAGGCUUCCUCAGGAACGUGGUUUCCGGAGAACAUUACCGAUUUGUCAGCAUGUGGAUGGCCCGCACAUCCUACCUGGCUGCCUUUGUCAUCAUGGUAAUAUUCACCUUGUCAGUGUCCAUGCUGCUGCGCUAUUCCCACCACCAGAUCUUUGUCUUCAUCGUGGACCUGCUGCAGAUGCUAGAGAUGAACAUGACCAUCGCCUUCCCAGCAGCCCCUCUGCUCACCGUCAUCCUUGCGCUUGUCGGCAUGGAGGCCAUCAUGUCCGAGUUCUUUAACGACACCACCACCGCCUUCUACAUCAUCCUCAUUGUGUGGCUGGCCGACCAGUACGACGCCAUCUGCUGUCACACCAACACAAGCAAACGCCAUUGGCUGAGGUUCUUCUAUCUGUAUCACUUUGCCUUCUAUGCCUACCACUACCGCUUCAAUGGUCAGUACAGCAGCCUGGCUCUGGUCACCUCCUGGCUCUUCAUACAGCACUCGAUGAUCUACUUCUUCCACCACUACGAGCUCCCAGCCAUCCUACAGCAGAUCCGCAUCCAGGAGAUGCUGCUGCAGAACCAGCAGACGGGCCAGGGGGACAACCAGACGGCUCUCCAGGACAACCUCAACAAUAACACCUCCACCCCAGGUGUGCCGGCGCCGCCCGUCGGCCAGGUCCAACCGCCAGGACAUCCGCAUGCUACAGCUGAGGCCCAAGGACCGGCGGCCCAGGCUUCCCAGUCCAACGGCGCGGUCAGCAGCGCCGGAGGCCUGGCCACCGCCACAGAGCCAGAAGCCCUGUCCGUUGCCCCGGUAACCCAGCUGGGUGGGUCUUUGCCGGGGUUGUUAGGGGAGACCAGGGCUUCUGAGGUUGGAACGGGGGGAGGUGGAGAGAGCCCAGGUGACGGCAGUCCCAGCUUGGUGGCAGUGGAAAACCCAGUCGCAGUGGCCUCUGCCCCGCCUCUAACAGGAGCGCCAGUGCAGGAGGCCCAGGGCCCUCCUGGGGGGGCAGAGACUUCCCCAUGCCGUGUCAGUCCCUCCAUCCAUCCUGUACACACAGACAGUGGCUCGGUGGGCGAGGAGUGCCCUGGGCAGAGCCCCACAGACUGCUCCAGCACACAUGAACCCCUCAACACCACUCCAUCCUGAAGCCCCUCCUACUCACAUGCUCCCACACGCCAAGGCCACAAGCCUUCUCCUCCACCUCAGAUCCUCUUUCGACACCACAAGAUGGCCACUGUGGCUUUAUUACUGUAAUCUCAUUCGUACGACACCAAGAGGAAUGGAAGAGAGGAACGUAGGGACGGAAUGAUGAGGAAAAGGAAGUGCGCCCCUCCUCUCUGCCAGGACAGGAGUUCCCGAUCAACUUUUCUGGGACCACCACAUUUUUUUUUUUUACAUCUGUCGUAGCCUUGAGUUGGCACCCCCUGAAUCACUUUGCUAAUAGCUCGUUGAUAGUUGAUUACUUGACCCCAACCUAUGUGAAAUGUCUGGUGGUCCCAGAGAUGGUUCGGUUGGGGAAAGCUGUUUUAAGAGCUUUGGUUCUGACAUCCUUAGUUUCCCUACCCAGAGUAGGACAGUUUUUACUUUGGUCAUAGGUUUUCUCUCAUUGAUCAUGGGAAAAAAGGCUAUGCCGUUUAUUAUUAUUUUUUUUAUAUAUAAUUGAAAAUUAUUUGUCAAAUAGAACCUUCAGUCUGAUUCCAUCAGUAAUGUACAGUUUAACGGUGACAUUUCUGUUGGUUAGGGGGUAAACUAUUGUAUCAGGUAUAAAACAAAGGCCUGAGCUGAGUUCCAACAAACUUUUUUUUUUUUUUUUUUUUAAAGAUGAAAGCAAGGUUGUAGAUUGAUCCCUAAAAACCUAAAUAUUUGACUUUUGGGGCGACUUUGCAGAGAGCGUUUGAGGGGACUUUCUUCACCGGCCUUGGAAGUGGUGAUGGACUCUGUGUAUAUAUUUGUGAGAGCACAGUGGACUAUACCAGUCAUCACAAGGCUGCAGGAUAUUGACUUUGGUCCCAUUCAUUCAUUAAUCUGGCCAUUGAACCCUGAAAAAUAAGAAGGCAACCCUGUUUUUACCUGGGUUUCUGAGUUACAAUAGUUGGUUAUUUCCUUUUAGCUAAUAAUAUUGGUUUGUGAAGAUGCGUUGUCACACCCCACUAUUUACAAGCUCUAAAAUUCUUCAGUUCGGAGCUUGUACUACUAACUGGCAACCGGCGUAAAGAUUUAGCUCUAGCCGUGAAGAGCAUUAUGGUACAUUAAGUUUAUAUCCAAGUAAAGCGAGGAAGACCUGCUUGCGCCUGCUCCGUUUCCCCAGUUCAGGGUUCCUAUGGAGAUUUAGCUGCUUGAGCCGCAGAAGAGUCGUAGUUUCUGCAGUUUCUUGUCUUAAACCCCCUUUUGAGUGAAAGUGCAUAAUUGCUCUGCCACCAGAAGCUUUUCUGUGUCCUGUAAGGGGGCCAGAAGCAUCUAUCCAAACCUCAUCAACGUGUUGGUCCUUCAAAUUCCAGUCACCUAAGUAGUCCUGUGGAGGUGGAACAGAAUCAACUUGAAGGCGCAAUCGUUGCCUGGAUCAAGUUUUCAUGGUCUUUAAACGUUAUUUACGUCUCUGAAUUUCCGCUAGCCAACUCUGAAGGCGCACAUUGUUUGGCUUGUCCUCCGGUCUGAUUGGUUCCGUUUCCAAUGACACCAUCAGCCACUUGUGUUCUGUAAGUGCAUGUGACAGUACGAAAAAAAAGUUUAUCACAAGGAUUGUUUUAUGUUGUCAGCUGGCUGGGCUCAUUCCUAGCUGCUAACUCACACCGGUCCUUGCACUUGACUAGCACAAGGCAAUAGCAGGGGUUGAAUGGCUGCAGGGAAAGGACAUUUAGCCAACCCAUCUCCACUAAAUCUGCCACCGAAACCGACCAUGUGGUCGCCCCAAAAGGUUAGCUGUCAUCGGCUGUACCUGAAAUACAUAAUCCUUCCCCGUUUGGAGCUAGCAGAAUGCAGGACAUGGCUUCCCACCGGUCAACAGGGUCGGAAACUAACACUGUAGACAUGGAGUCAGACAAUAAGGACUUGUGUUCAGUGUGUGUGUGUAAUUUCCUGGCCAGAACAGAGUAUGUUGAUAAUGCCUUAUAUGGAAUUAGACGUUAGUGUAAAUUGAGAAUAUUUUGGAUGUGAAAUGGAAACUAGCCUCAAUAGAGAAAGUGGGUUAUAUUUCAAUACUGAUAAAAUAGUAACCAAGAGAGGUUUUGCAGAAAGGUGACACAUUUUUGGAAUUCAGUAGAGGCAGGAUAAUUUCUCCUCAGUGAGUUGGAUAGCGGUCAUAGCUAUGAAAUGGAAAGGAAGCCGGACAGGAUGCAGGUUUGAAAGCUUGUCCAACUUGUGCAAUAUGACAACAAGUCAGUUUAAUUAAAAACCUCUAUUGAGUUCAUUCCAUGAGUGAAGACUUUUACCUGAUACAACAAAAAUAUGCUCUGUAAGUGAGGUUUUUGCCGUCACUUGUUUCUUUAUCUGUGCCUAUAUGACGUUCUGUGAGAGGAAGCGGGAUGAUUGUAGCCUUGCAGCAGUUGCGAUCCAUUUGUAGUUCAUUUUAGACGAUGUUAAUGAAUCCUUCGACCUGUGUUGGAUAAGACUCCUCUCAUUCAAAUGUAUUUAACUGUUGAGUAAACUAAGUGCAGAAGAAGCAUUCUUUGCACAAAUAA